UGAAUUUUGCUCGGAUUGUACCAAAUGGACUUUUGCUGUUUUUCCCGUCAUACCCUGUGAUGAACAAGUGUCUGGAGUACUGGCAGGCAAACAGAAUUUGGGAUAGAAUAGUGCAAUACAAACAGAUAUUUGUGGAGCCAAGAGGAAAAAUAGAAUUUCAUCAGACAAUGGAAGAGUUUUAUGAGAAGAUCAAUGAUCCCAAGCUCAAUGGUGCUGUGUUUGCUGCUGUUUGUAGAGGAAAGGUCAGUGAAGGACUGGAUUUUGCUGAUAUCAAUGGCAGGGCAGUGGUGAUCACAGGGCUGCCCUAUCCACCAUAUAUGGAUGCUAAAGUGGUGCUGAAGAUGAAGUUCCUGGAUGAGAUGCAAGGAAAACAACAGAUUAAGGGCUUGACUGGAAGAGAAUGGUACAAACAACAGGCAUCCCGUGCAGUAAAUCAAGCCAUUGGCAGAGUGAUCAGACACAAACAGGACUAUGGUGCUAUUCUGCUCUGUGAUAACAGAUUCAAAUCUCCUGCAGCUAUAUCUCAACUCCCAUCUUGGGUGCGUUCACACACUAAAGUGUAUGAAAACUUUGGUCAGGCCAUGAAAGAUGCCAUGUUCUUCUUCAAGAAUGCAGAAAAAAUGAUGCCAGCGCCUAGAUUAAAGACAAGGAAAGCAGAAUCCAGCCAACUGGGUUGCCAAGGAGCCUCCUUCAUGCCUAGCAACAGAAGUAUUGGUUCCAAGCAGCAAGUGUCCCAGGCCAGCAGUGUGGUAGCACAUGUGCCUGGAUUAAAGGAGAAAGAAGAUGAAUCUUCUCUUGCUAAAUUGAAAAUCCAAUAUGAAUGCAGUGAGUCCAGCACUUCCUCCAGACGACCAUCAGCAAGUGGGGGUUUGUUGGGGGCUCUUAGCAUGGAAGAGAGAAAAGUUGAUGAUGAAGGCUUUGAUUUGUCACAAAACAGUAUUUCCAUGGAUAAGAUGCAGGAUAAAGUCACCAGCUCGAAAGUACAAAGAAAGAAAAUUAUUUUGAAGGACCGACCAAAAUUUGAUGGUGGUCUGUCCUCAGAAUGUGAAUUAACUAAAGAUGAAAAGAAAAAUCUGCCAGCUGCUAAGGUUUAUUUAAUGCAAGUAAAACAAGCACUUAGUCAAGCUUCAUACAAGUUGUUUUCUUCAACCCUGUUCAAGUAUCAGAAAGAUGGGAAUUUUACCUCCAUGAUUGCAAACAUGGCAGAAAUAUUCACUGAUGAACCCAAAAAUCAUGAACUAUUGCGGAGGUUAUAUCGCUUUGUCCGAAGUGAUGACAAAUACCAGUUUGACCAGGUGUGUCGGGACCUGACUGGACAGGGGUGCCUCAGCCACCCUGAGACUGGUCCAAGAAAAAGAGUGCAGGACCAAUUUGAAAGCAAUGCUGAUAAACGUAGAAAAUUAGGGGAUGGUUCUUCAAAGGGUCCUGUUCUGGACACUAAGUCCACAAGUAAAACUGGGACUGCAUCUGAAGGGAAUCUACAUCACCUGAACUCUACAUCAAAUUUAAGUGUGAAAGCCUUGACAGCUGUAAAGGACAUAAACUCCUCAAAAUUAACAACAGUAAAGACUUCAGUCGAUAAAGAAACAGAUUUAUUGAAUGGCUGUGUAAAAACUAACCUGGCAGAUUCUAAAUCAGAGGAAAAUGUGAAUGUUUUAGCAAGCAACCAAGGUGAAAGAAGUAAACACUAUGAAAAUGAAGAACAAGAUAAAAAUGAACAAAAAGAGCUUUGUCCAAAGAUUUCUCAGGAAGAGUUGGAUCGAGUGAAAAGCUUAACAUCCUAUGAUCCUCCUCCUAAUUCAGGGUACUUAUGUGCAGUGUGCAAAAAGGAGAGUAAGAUACCACUGAAGUCCCCAUGUGAUCACUAUGCUUGCUUCAAAUGUUGGAAAAUGACAUUACAGUCAGCCAAGCAAUGUCCUGUCUGUGGUCAAGAGGUGAGAAGAAGACAACUGACGAAGUUGUAUUUUCCAUCUGGACCACUAAGAGGAGAGGAGAACUGA